CACGGCGCAUAAUGCAGGAACAGUAUAAAUAGCUGCUGUUUAGAAUAAUACGUUAUUGUGCUUUAGAAGACCACUUCGUCGAGAAAAUGGCAAGAACCAAACAAACCGCCCGUAAAUCCACCGGUGGCAAAGCCCCGAGGAAGCAGCUCGCCACCAAAGCCGCCCGUAAGAGCGCUCCAGCCACCGGCGGGGUCAAGAAGCCUCAUCGUUACAGGCCGGGUACUGUGGCUCUGCGAGAGAUCCGUCGCUACCAGAAAUCCACCGAGCUGCUGAUUCGCAAGCUGCCCUUCCAGCGUCUGGUCCGAGAAAUCGCUCAAGAUUUCAAGACUGAUUUGCGCUUCCAGAGCUCCGCGGUCAUGGCCCUGCAGGAGGCCAGCGAGGCUUACUUGGUCGGCCUGUUUGAGGACACCAACUUGUGCGCCAUCCAUGCCAAGAGAGUGACCAUCAUGCCCAAAGAUAUUCAGCUGGCCCGCCGCAUUCGUGGAGAGCGCGCUUAAACACACUGCACACUGCAACCCCCAA